CUUUAAACAAUUUUUACAAAAUAAAAAUGAAGAUCAUUUAUUUAAUAUAUAUUUUUAUAUACAUUUCGUGUAAUUCGGUUAAUUUAAUACAAAGUCGUAAGUGUUCAUUGAUAAAACCAUGUCAAACACCUGAAAUAUGUUCAAGAGUUAGAUGCGCAUGGCCUGAAUGUGAACCAGGUACAAUAGCAAAAACGUUGCCUUGCAAAUGUUGCCCCGAGUGUGUCCCAGAUGGCAACGAGCAGCCUCAGUGUGCAGCAGUACAAUGUACUAGACCCGAAUGUCAGCCAUGGCAGAAGCUUGUUGUACCUUCUGGUCAAUGUUGUCCAAUAUGCGAGCCUAGCGAAUGCCAAAAACCUGAAUUAUGUCCAAGGAACGUAUGUCCCAGACCUCUUUGUAAAAAAGGUGAAGUAGCAAAAAAAUUUCCAUGCAAUUGUUGUCCAGUCUGUGUUCCAGAGGAUUGCCUAACUCCUAGUGAUUGCAAUUUAUACGACUGUGCAUAUCCAAAAGAAUGCCCUCAUGGUCAGGUAUCAAAAACUUUGCCUUGCAAAUGUUGCCCUGAAUGUGUCUCAGAUGAAAACGAACAGCCCCAAUGCGCAGCAGUUCAAUGUACUAGACCCGAAUGUCAGCCAGGGCAGAAUCUUGUCGUACCUCCUGGUCAAUGUUGUCCAAUAUGUGAGCCUAGAGAAUGCCAAACACCAGAAAUAUGUUCAACAGUAAGAUGCGCAUUUCCUGAAUGUGAACCAGGUACGACAGCUAUAACGUUGCCUUGCAAAUGUUGCCCUGAAUGCGUUCCAGAUGGCAACGAACAGCCCCAAUGUGCAGCAGUACAAUGUACUAGACCCGAAUGUCAGUCAGGGCAGAAUCUUGUCGUACCUCCUGGUCAAUGUUGUCCAGUCUGUGUUCCAGAGGAUUGCCAAAUUCCCAGUGACUGCGAAUUAGUUGACUGCGCAAUUCCGAAAGAAUGCCCUCAUGGUCAGGUAUCAAAAACUUUGCCUUGCAAAUGUUGCCCUGAAUGUGUCUCAGAUGAAAACGAACAGCCCCAAUGCGCAGCAGUUCAAUGUACUAGACCCGAAUGUCAGCCAGGGCAGAAUCUUGUCGUACCUCCUGGUCAAUGUUGUCCAAUAUGUGAGCCUAGAGAAUGCCAAACACCAGAAAUAUGUUCAACAGUAAGAUGCGCAUUUCCUGUAUGUGAACCAGGUACGACAGCUAUAACGUUGCCUUGCAAAUGUUGCCCUGAAUGCGUUCCAGAUGGAAACGAACAGCCCCAAUGUGCAGCAGUACAAUGUACUAGACCCGAAUGUCAGUCAGGGCAGAAUCUUGUCGUACCUCCUGGUCAAUGUUGUCCAGUCUGUGUUCCAGAGGAUUGCCAAACUCCCAGUGACUGCGAAUUAGUUGACUGCGCAAUUCCGAAAGAAUGCCCUCAUGGUCAGGUAUCAAAAACUUUGCCUUGCAAAUGUUGCCCUGAAUGUGUCUCAGAUGAAAACGAACAGCCCCAAUGCGCAGCAGUUCAAUGUACUAGACCAGAAUGUCAGCCAGGGCAGAAUCUUGUCGUACCUCCUGGUCAAUGUUGUCCAAUAUGUGAGCCUAGAGAAUGCCAAACACCAGAAAUAUGUUCAACAGUAAGAUGCGCAUUUCCUGAAUGUGAACCAGGUACGACAGCUAUAACGUUGCCUUGCAAAUGUUGCCCUGAAUGCGUUCCAGAUGGCAACGAACAGCCCCAAUGUGCAGCAGUACAAUGUACUAGACCCGAAUGUCAGCCAGGGCAGAAUCUUGUUGUACCUCCUGGUCAAUGUUGUCCAAUAUGUGAACCUAGAGAAUGUUAGAUUGUAUGUUAGUGCGUUGCACAAUGCCGAUGUGUGCAAAAGGAUUGGUGGCUAAAAAACUAUCAUGUAAAUGUUGUUACCAAUGUGUGCCUAAGAACUGUUUAGGCGAAGAAGAAUGUGCUCAAGUUUUCUGCAUUAAAUCAGUUUGUAAACCUUGGCAGAUUCUCAUAACUCCUAGGUGUAAAUGAUGUCCAAUCUGUAUGCUACUAUCAAAAAGGAACAGUCUAUAAAUAAGGUUUUACUUUUAAUUAUUUAGAAAUUUUUAACAAUAAUUUAAUCUUCC